AUCACGUGUAUUGUUAUGUAAAGAUUUGGCCAGGAAUUACAGAAAAAUCCGGAUUGACUAAGGGCGUAUAUAAUGCUAAUCAGUUGAAGUGACUUGUCUUUAGGGAGUUAGACAACAUGGCCGCUCUAAGCCUGAGCUUGCUGUUGACAUUGAGCACAUGUAGCCUAGUACUUGCAGCGACUGACACAUCCAAGUUUAAGAUCACAAGCACGUUCGUUGAGAGACUGUUCAAGAUGAUCUCAGAAGAUCAGGUUCAGAAGGAGGUUCCUUACAUCCCAUUCAGACAAUGGCACCGUGCCAAAGGCGUGUACACCAGUGGGGUCAAGAUCAACUUUAACGGCCCUCAGUACAUGACAGAGGCGCGCCGUCUUAUGAACGUCAUUGACAACAACAUGUUUGUCACUGCCUGGGUCACUACCUCCCUGCUCGAGGCCUUCAAGUAUGGCGACGCUCCAAAACUUUCUGACACUCAGUUGUCGUUGGCUUUGAACGUAUUCCAGAAUUUCCACGACAAGAACAAGCCAUACAACACGUCCACCAUGUCCUUCUGGCCCCAGGUCUACAACCAAACGCUCCAAGUCUGGCAGUGUACUCCACAAAACCUACUGGGCGUCUUCCAGAUGAUAGGAGACUUACCUCUGAACACGCUAGAAGAAAUUCUCAAAAUUUUCGGCCUGAACAACCUUGCUAAAGAUAUAGAACUCAUACUAAAUCAAAAGGAUAUAUUCGUACGUGCCUUCCACAUCCCGCCAGACUUUGACGACACAUUUGUUAACCUGGGUCUCGGGUCAUUGCUGUACCAGAUGAGGGACCAGUUCCAGACUGGCUGGCAGCUGUGGAGUUCCCAGAACACCAACAUCACUUCCGCAAUCGACGCCUUAAAGAAAUACGCCUACAGACCUUUCUCCAGUGAUCCCAAUCAAAACACAAUCGACCCCAGGACAUAUUUGUACAUUAGGAAAUUUUUGGACCAGGCUCGGUCAGAAGGCAAAGAAGUGGCACUGGUACCAACAUGGAUCCAGUCCAUUGAAGAGGUGCGGACCAUGUUCUACCUAGGGGUCAACAUGCCCUUCCAGCUUAAUAACGUUGACGUCACAGUCUCUGCCAACACCAUCUACGGCAUGACGUCAUCCAUACUCUCCGGCCUGGUCAGCCCAGAUGUUUUAAGAGACCCGGAGCUAGAGCAAAUCUACCUGAACACGUCAUCCCUGAUCACAUUCGAGGUGAGGAACAACCUGACAGACCGACCAGAUUUGGCCUUGACCUACUACCCUUCACAGAUCGAGUUCUACUGGUUCGUGGCCCGGACACUGACGGAACUGGAAACAGCAAAACGAAAGGGGCCACUUCCUGUUCCGGCUAUGGACGCCGUAUACAAAAUGUUUAAAACAGCUGCCGAGGGCGAAAUGACAAAACAGAUUUUAUCUAAAGCGAGAGUGGAGCCGACGGAGAAAGUUUAUUUGGACGAUUUUCUGGGAGAUGGGGACUAUAACCACAGGAACGAGUCUAUAAUUCAUGCUGAGGACAGAAUUUUUACAACAGCAAUGGCGGCCAACGCCUUGAUGUACACGUGGAGUGUUUAUGAUGAGAAAACAAAAACAUCCCAUUGGAAGGACGACAUACCCCCACAAGUCCUAACGACCAUAACAGGAUGUAUCAACUGGCUGAUGGAACACACCACUGAUGGAAAGUACGAACCUUGGAACGUUUUCUUCUCCGGCUCUGCAAAAGGCUAUUCUUCACUGCCGUUCUGGUACCCAGGAAACAGAUUCGAGUACCUGAACGGGACGGCCAUCGACGAUUGGAGUAACAUCCCCAACACCACUUUCUUGUACGGGGUCCAGGGCUACAUCCCCACCGACAGAUACGACGCCAUGUUGAACCAGACCCACUUUGGCCAACCGACCCCUAUAACAUUUAACGGGUUCAAUGACCCAACAACUUUCUUUCCUUUUUGGUCGUCGGCACCUUAUACGUAUUCUACAACAUUACUCGCUGUGUCCAGGUUUAGCAAUAUUGUUGGUUAAUUAUGUGUUUUUUUUUUCAACACUUGCGCGGUUAGUCAUCACUGUUUUGUUUUGGUUCGAUAUUUGAAAUACCUCAACUGUGUCCAGAUUUAGCAAUAUUUUUGGCUAAUUUGUUUAAAAAAUCUAGUCGUUGUUAAUUAAUUAUUGUUGUCGAUUAAUGACAGCA